AUGUCGGUCAACUACGAGCAAGUGACCGUGGCGCCAUUGGUGCUACUUUCAGUUUUGGACCAUUACAAACGUAUCAACACACCGGCUCAUAAGAGAUGCGUGGGAGUGAUUCUAGGUUCUGUACAGGGCACGACGGUAAGAGUGACGAAUUCGUUCGCACUUCCGUUCGAAGAAGACGAGAAAAACCCGGAAGUGUGGUUUCUGGACCACAAUUACAUCGAAAACAUGAACGAUAUGUGCAAAAAGAUCAAUGCCAAGGAAAAGCUUAUUGGAUGGUAUCACAGCGGCCCCAAACUAAAGGCUGCGGAUCUGAAAAUCAACGACCUCUUCAAGAAAUACACAGGAGAGCGUCAGCAGCAGCCGCUGCUGCUUAUCGUAGAUGUCCAGCAACAGGGCGUAGGACUACCUACAACGGCUUACACGGCUGUUGAGCAGGUGAAAGACGACGGGACGUCGACGGAAAAGACAUUUUUGCACCUGCCUUCAUCGAUAGAGGCAGAGGAGGCCGAGGAAAUCGGCGUUGAACAUCUACUUCGCGAUGUGCGUGAUCAGGCCGCCGGCGGGCUUUCUGUCAAACUCACAAAUCAGCUCAAGUCUUUAAAAGGUCUACAGCAAAAGCUCGCAGAUAUAGCUGCUUAUUUGGAAAAAGUCAGUCUUAGCAAAUUGCCUGUGAACCACACGAUUUUGGGUAAACUUCAAGAUGUUUUCAACCUGCUCCCCAAUCUGGGCGUUCCCGAUGAUGACGAGAUCUCAUCGACUUCUGAUGUCCAGCUUGCGGCUGCCUCAAACACUUUGCAAAGAGCUUUGGCGGUUAAGACCAACGACGAGCUUAUGGUAAUUUACGUCAGCAACCUUGUACGUGCCAUCAUUGCUUUCGACAAUUUGAUUGAAAACAAAAUCCAGAACACCAAAUUGCAUCGUCAGCAUGAGCAAGCGCAGACUGAAGGCACAAACUCAGACAAAAACACUGAAGAAGAAUCUUCUUCUACCAAGGCAACGACAAAUGAGACCGAAAAUCGGCCAUCAGCUUCAUAA